UGCACACUCCCUUUUUUCAUCUCCCCAUCUUCGGUCGUGGUCUAGUCUGCUGCAAACUGAGAGAGGCCAGAAACACCUCAACAAUAUAUACCGACAUAACGUUAGAUUUCCUCAUCAAUAAUGAAAAUGGACUAACAGUUUUGUCGGUUGUUUCGGUUUAAUUAACGCUCUCUGAUUACGGGGAGCUGGAAAAAGAAGAUGAGCCUUUUCUCUUCGCCUGAGGAGGCUUUGCUGCUGUCGUGUGGGGGAGUGGGUUACAUCCUGUGGCGUUUCCUGUGUUUGUAAACUAGACGGUACUGAAAACGUCGGCAAUUGAGGCUAAAAGUUUUAAUGCUAGAUGAGUGAGGUGGGUGUGGCUUCCCACCAGCCCGACCAUCCUGACUGACGGAUCUCUGGAUGACCUUGUCCCCACCCCUGUCCCUGCGCUCACAUAUACCACAGCAAUGUCACAUCUGCCCAGCAGCUCAGUCCGCGACCAUAUGAAAUGGGCGGGGCUGCUUGGCUGCGAAGCUGUCCUGUCCAGUAUGGCCCUGAUGCAGGCCAGUUCAAUGGCCGCCCCACCCAAAAAAAUGAUGGCUCCACUUGGCCAUGGACCCCCUCAGAGAGAAGGACCUGACCGUACUCCCCAGAGCCAUAUGAUCCUCCCAUCUGGAAUGAGCUGUCCCCCUCUGGUUAGGAGCCACAUGGGAAAUCUUAUCCGGAAGGAAGGUGAAUUCCAGGCUCCUCGCUUGCUGGACGAGAAAGAGAUGAGGGCCAACGAGGACAUGCAGCAGAAAAAAAAGAACAGGAAAUCAGUAACGCCCUGUAAAGUGAGAGAACAAGAAGGAAGGGGAGGGAAGGGCACAGGUGGUGAUGAGAAUGGGCCGUCAUCAAAGGUGCAGAAAAAUUUUAUUUGUGAUCACUGUUACGGCGCUUUCAGGAGUGGAUACCACCUGAAGAGACAUAUCCUCAUUCAUACAGGGGAGAAGCCGUAUGCUUGUGCCGUAUGUGACAUGAGGUUUAUUCAGCGUUACCACCUGGAGAGACACAGCCUCAUUCACACGGGGGUGAAGCCGUACGCUUGUACCAUGUGUGACAUGAGGUUUUUCCAGCGUUACCACCUGGAGAGACACAGACUCACUCAUACGGGGGUGAAGCCGUACGCUUGUUCCAUGUGUGAUAUGAGGUUCUUCCAACGUUACCAUCUGGCAAGACACAGCCUUACUCAUACUGGGGUGAAGCCAUACGCUUGCUCCAUGUGUGAUAUGAGAUUUUUCCAACGCUACCACUUGGCAAGACACAGCCUCACUCACACGGGGGUGAAGCCAUAUGCUUGCUCCAUGUGUGACAUGAGAUUUUUCCAGAGAUACCACCUGGCAAGACACACACUCACCCAUACGGGGGUGAAGCCAUACGCUUGCUCCAUGUGUGACAUGAGGUUCUUCCAGCGUUACCAUUUGGCAAGACACAGCCUCACACAUACUGGGGUGAAGCCAUAUGCUUGUACCAUGUGUGACAUGAGGUUUAUUCAACGCUACCAGCUGGAGAGACACAGUCUUACUCAUACAGGGGUGAAGCCGUACGCUUGCACCAUGUGUGACAAGAGGUUUUUUCAGCGCUACCACCUGGCGAGACACAGCCUCACUCAUAUGGGUGUGAAACCUUAUGCUUGCACCAUGUGUGACAUGAAGUUUUUUCAGCGUUACCACCUGGCGAGACACAGCCUCACUCAUACGGGUGUGAAACCUUAUGCUUGCACCAUGUGUGACAAGAGGUUUUUUCAGCGCUACCACCUGGCCAGACACAGCCUCACUCAUAUGGGUGUGAAACCUUUUGCUUGUACCAUGUGUGACAUGAGGUUUGUUCAGCGUUACCACCUGGCGAGACACAGCCUCACUCAUACGGGUGUGAAACCUUAUGCUUGCACCAUGUGUGACAAGAGGUUUUUUCAACGCUACCACCUGGCGAGACACAGCCUCACUCAUUUGGGUGUGAAACCUUUUGCUUGUACCAUGUGUGACAUGAGGUUUGUUCAGCGUUACCACCUGGCGAGACACAGCCUCACUCAUACGGGGGUGAAGCCGUAUGCUUGUUCCAUGUGUGACAUGAGGUUUAUUCAGCGUAACCACCUGGAGAGACACAGCCUCACUCAUACGGGAGAGAAGCCAUUUGCAUGUGACAUGUGUGAUAUGAGGUUUAUUCAGCGCUACCACCUUGAGAGACACAAGCGUGUCCAUAGUGGGGAGAAGCCUUAUCAGUGUGAACGGUGCCAGCAGAAUUUUUCACGCACAGACCGGCUGUUGCGACAUCGGCGGUUGUGUCAGGGUCGCAGCGUUGCCAAAGUAGAGAACCAGCCAUGCUGCGAACCACGCCCAUAUCCCCAAGAACCCCCACCUGCACCCCCAACCUGGAGCCCCCUGCAUCCGCCUCCAGGCCGGCUGGCAGUCUGACAUUCCAUCUUCCCUGCAUCCACAAUGCCACCGGAGACGGGACAAGCCACAGGGUUUCCUCCUCACAGCUCUGUGCAGAGUGGCGCCACAUUCGAGCACAGACAGAUUUUGCAGCUCCAGUCUUGGGAUUAAUAACGACAGCGGGACAUUUGUGUUUUCAUUUUUGUUGACUUUUUAAUGUCUUCCCUAAUUCCCUUGUUUGUUUGUUUUUUAUUUUAUUUUUAAGAUGAGACAUUUCUGUGAUAAACAUUGGUCCUGUUUUGUACUGAAUCUACUAGAUUUCAAUUGUUUUUAAAAAAAAAAAAUCACCAAAAGUUUGGUGGUACUCGGGAAGGGAACUGGAUGUUGUUUGUCCUGAUGUGUUUGCAAAGAAUGGGAUGAAGUGGUGAGGAAGAGUAUUUGAGCUUCCAUAAUUUUUAUUUUAAAUGGCUCAUUUGACUGAAAAGAAGCGUCACUCAAGUCGAAACUGAUCAAACUGAACUUUCCCUGCACAGAAGCUCUGGACCAGAGUUUGUUGGCUGUUGAAUGACUGAAAGCGUUGUCUGGCUUUAUCAGCAACGGAUGGUCCAGUUUUAGUGAUUUCUUUUGUGUAAAUAACUGAAAUGUAUAUUAUUUCUUCACUAUAGAACUUGAGUGUGUUCUUUUUAUCCCCUACCCCUCCUCUUGAUCAGAAUGGGCCAAAAAGAAAUGUACAAUGGAAACGGAGGUUUGGUUCAAAUACACUUUCAACGUUACAACCAUUUCAGUUGAGCCUUGAGAGAACCUGAGUACCUGAUUGUGUUAUUUAAAGAACAAGGAAAAAAACGAGUAAUGUCAAGUGUAAAACAGGAUUUCCAAGACUAGAUUUUGGUGGAAAAGUAUGCAGGUUGGCCACUUGAAGUCCCACGAUGUUGUUUGUACAGAUUGUCACAUUGUGAGAUCGGCAGCAGUAUACAGAAUCUUGUGGCCUUAGUAUGGUUGUCUCUCUUUUUAUUUGUUUGGGGUUUCUUUUGUCCAGCUGCCUUUGUUUAGCUGUUUAUGGUGGAUCAGAUGCAUUUACUUGCCUUUUUUUUUUAUAAUCAUAUUUUCCUUUUUUUUUCUUUUUUCCUAAUCUCCAAGCUAUCAUGGUUACUGAAUGUUUAUGGCUUCAGUGGCGCUAAAAUAGACUGUGUUCUUCUGUUGAGAGGUUGUCUUUAUGAUAAAUAUGAGUAUUUUAGGUCAUUGUUACUGCUAACAUUGUUACCACAGUAUAUAAUCGUGAAGGAGUCCGCAGGGAGUUUGAUGGUCCUUGUGAGAAAACAGCAACAUGGUUUCCCACUUCAGUGCUUUGGCCAUAGCAGAAUCAACACUUGACUCUGCUCCACACUAUCAAUUGCCUUUUCAUCCAAAUAUUACGUGGUUGGUGUGUAAUAAUGGAUGUCUUUUAUGUCUUUGGGUUUAGCCUUAAGCUAGUUGCAGAUAACAUGCGUUAUCAUUGUAGUAUUAAAUGACAUUGCGACAAAGUGUUAGUUUUACCAUUACAAACUUGGACUCUGUGCAGGUCUUUCACUGUCACACGGAAACGGAUGAUGAGCCACUUUGCUGCUUGUAAAAUUUCUCAAACUCGAUCUGCGCUGUUACCGAUGAGCUUGUGAUCACGUCCUGUGAUGGUAAACAUCAGCUGUACCUGUAAUUACACUGAGUCCAUGUGUUUUUGGUAAGCUAUGCCUUUGACUAAACAUGGAGAUACAGUCACUUUGAAUUUUGUAAUGAACAUGUUUGUUCAUUUCAAAUCAGCACCAGAAAACUGAGAUAAGUAUCGCCCAUUGGGAAGCUGUGUGAGGUUUGUGUGACACAGAAAGGAUUCGGUUUUAAGUGGCGUGACUUAACCCCUGCAGUAAGGGAGGAAAAAAGGAUCAAGUUUGAGAAAUGUAACAAUUAUAUUUAGAGACACUAUUCCCAGUCUGUGGAAGGGGCAUAACUGGCGUGAGCACAUACAGAGAACGGCAAAAGGGCAAUACAGUAUAUAGUUUUUGUUACUUGUUAAUACUUUUUUGUCAUUUAUUGUUUUUAGUAUCAUUCUCGUUGUUAAAAUGCAAUAGAUUAAUCAAGUCUCAGAUCAUACGUAAAUAAGAUUGAGUUGGAUUUUGUUUCCAGGCAGAUCAGAGGAAGGAAUUUGUCUGAUAGUUUCUCGUCACAUUUUGAUGAUCAUGUCAAGGACCUUUUUUUUUUUUUUUUUAUUCUGAUGAAAUUGUACACUGGAGUGUAAGGAAAAAGAAAAGACAAAAAAAGAGAUUUGGAUAUUUUUUUCCUUCAAUCUGUCAUAGAUUUUAGGGUUUAGAAAAGCCUUUUUCUCCUCAACUCAGAAGGUGGACAGAACAAUUUGGAUCAGUACAGUUGGGAGCCCAGUAUGUUCUGUAAUUUUGACAUUAGCAGAUGUCGUAUCACAGGAAAAUAUUUUCUUUCUUAUUCAAAGUCCCUGGUAUUUGUAGUAAAUUAUAUUGACAAUGGUAUUAGAUGAACAACGGCAUAACUAGCUAUAUCACAGAUUAGUUGUUUUCUUUAUUAGUCUUGCAUGCAGAGUUAUGGUCCUCAGUUAAGAUAGGAUCUUGAUAUUGAUUAUUUUGUGUAGGAAAAUGAGUGCAUAAGAAUAACUUCCUAAAAGAAAUGUUACGAUUAUUGUAAAAUGGGCUAACUAAUAUGUACCCUUGUGAUCCAAUUAGUUUCAACUGUAUGAAAUCAGAGGAGAGGCUUCUUACUAUUAUACUAAAAUAAAAAGAAUUUGUAAAGGACUUCUGGAUGUUUUUUAUUAACAACUCUGACAGAUGAAAUGUGAUGAAGCA